AUGAUCAGACCUGGAUCAAUCGUAAUGACGUUUGGAACGCAUUUGUUGCAUGCUGCCGGAAAUGGGGCAUUCAAAACAUUUGCAAAGUCGUAUAUCUUCUACGAGAAUGCUCUUCACGCGUCCGGGAUUUAUGGAAUUGCAUUGAUCAUGCCGAAGGAUCAAAUCCAAAUCAACGAGCUCGUGUUACCUGCUCACUUGUAUUUCAAAACUGCUGCUGUUGGCAUGAUCUGUGGAAUGCUUGGAUGGGGAAGGUUCUCAGAUCGUCACAACUCUUUUAGCGAACGGUUGAGGUUUGGCCGCGCUGACAUCACUUCAAAGGGCGAUUGCAGUUCUCCACUUUUCUAUGAACAUAUGAUGAUUUGUUUGAAGGGUCAAGGCGAUUACGUUGCUCCGUCUGAGGAACGAUUAUAG